UUUUUCCAUUCCUUUUCUUCUUGUUCAUUUGAUAAAUAUAAAAUGAUUGGACUUGAAUACAAUAAAUUAAAAUCUAAAAAGUGUUUUGGUAUACUAAAGAUAGGUAUUUUUUCAUCAAAAACCUAUAAUUAGAUUCGUUUUGCAGUAGUACUGUUGGAGGUAUUUUCCUACUGCAUUUUAAGUCUUGCAGAUAGAACGCAUAACCCUAAUUGAUAGGAAGCAGCCCCAAAUCUCUACCUUUUAAUAAAAUCACACAGCGCUAAUCUGCUGUUGAUCUUAUGCUACAUCCGCUCAACCUCUAAUCUGCAACCAUGAGUUUAACUAGUAUGGAAGACCAGAGGAGACGUACCAUGGAAGCUCUAGAGCGACGAUUUGCUCAAGCGAAGUCGGAGGUUCAGACCCAGCAACAGAAGAGCAAGAAAAGGCCAGCUGAAGAUAAGAAACCGGUUUCUGUAUCUGUUGAAUCUGUGAAUGUAGAUUCACCGGCCGUUAAGCCCCUCUCUAAAUCGUCACCUAAAAAAGGAAAAUUUUCUUUUCCAGGUCGUACUUUUAAAGAAGAUACAGAAUCAAAUGAGCCUGCCUACUUCAAUCUUUCUCACUCUGUUCAUGAAAACUUGCUACGAAAUUGUGUACAAGUUUCUGAUGGUAAAGCCACAGUUAAUGGGAUUUUACAUGAGCUUUUCCAACAUGGUGAUUCAGCUAAGAAAUACAUGCAGGGAUCCAAAAAUAUAAAAAUCGAGAAUACAAUACUUCUUGAUAAUUUUGUCCAGAAAAAUGGCAGUUCAAGUUCUGGUCAUAUGAGAGCAUUAAAACAUGGCUCAAAACGCUCUAAAAAGCAUAUGUCCCUAAAGCAACAUAAGGGUAUUGGAACAUUUGAUUUGCUAAAAGAGUUCCACAACUUUGACAUGUUUAAGCCUAUGCAUGAGAAGUGGAAAGCCAAUGUGCAGAAGCUUCUUAAAUUUUCCGGGAAAGAACAGUUGGCUCAAUGCUUCCUUAAUGCCGACCUACAUGGUGCAAUUGUUUUAGUUGUUCAGUGUAAAACUGCUGCUUACGUUGGGUUACAAGGCAUCAUGGUUCGAGAAACCAAAGAAACAUUUGGAAUUGUUACAGUGGAUAACAAAUUCAAAGUUGUGCCCAAAAAGUUUUCUGUUUUUAUGCUCGAAGCAGGUUGCUGGAAGAUUACACUACAUGGAGAUAAACUUGUAUCCAGAAACUUGGUUCCAUAAAUAUAAUGAAUGAAUUCCAUAUUAGUUUUUUUUUAAA